AGCCCGGGCUGUGCUUUCACCAGGGCCCCUGAUGGUGGGGAUGGACUUGAAACAGUCCCGGGCCAGGUCACGACCUCCGAGCAGGCCCACCAGUGGCUGAGGAGACCUCCGGGGACAGGUACCGGGAGAGCCAGAUGUGAAGAGGAUGGCGCAGCCCCAGCAGGGUAGUAACGGAUCGUGGGCCCGUGAGGGUAAGCGGGGUACAGAAUCGGUGGGCAAAGAGUAGUCGGGUCACACGCAGGAUCAGCAGGUCGAGAAUGGUCAGGGCAAUCCGGGUCAAUCACAGG